UCGGCUCCGUCCUCGGCUCGGCGGCUGCUGCGGACACGGCGCCUCCAGCCGGGCCGGCCCCGGAGCUCGCUCUCGGCAGCAGCCUUCGUUCGUUCCGCUUGGAUCUCGCUGGAGCCUCUCUCGGGCUGCGGAGCUCCGCUCGCACCUACCUACCUGCCUGCUGCCAACCGACGGGAACCAGCCCUCGCUCUGCUCUGAGCCCUCGCCUUUACUGGGAACACCACAGCUUUUAGUUUCUAGUUGUGGAUUUAAGACCGUCACCGGACCCACGCGCUUUUCUCAAGCUACUGCAAAUCGCUUUUGCCCAGGAUUUACCGCAGCGUUUCCCGGCCCCGGCUGGCCUCCAGCCGGCAGCAGCCCAACAGCUCGGCCGAGAUUUUCUCCUUGCUUUUUAAUUCCAAUCGCUUUUUUCUCCCCAUUGCAGCAAUCACUGUAACUUCGUUUUAACUGACACCAUCCUCUGCCCGCAUCGUCCCAGCUAUGAAGUCUCCUCCUAGAAACGUUUCGUGGGACCCGCGCACAGAGCAGGGAUCUUCAUUUCUUAUUCUGUGGGGCCUUUAAUUGGAUUCUUCUUCAUGUGCGUUUGGAAGUGGCUGCCCAGAACUAGUGGGGGAGGAACCAUCUACGCUGUCACUUUGUGCUUCAUACCCAUUUGGCAUCCAAACUUUUGAAGUGUUUUGGGGGCCUUUUUUUCCCUGGCAACUUGAAGCUAUGAGGAAAAGCUCUGUGCUUUAUUGAUUAUUUUUGGUAACCUCACUCACACUCUGGGUCUGGAUGUGGAUUGCCGGGAGAGAGGUAAAGUUGAGCUCCAGAUUUGAAUGAAAUGCUUGUGGCAGGAGAAGGAUGGAAGGGAUCAGCUGUGCUUGCAAGAGAACGGCACUGGGGCAGAUGUUCUUUUCACCGUAAGUCCAAGGAAUCCCUUCUGCAUUGUUUCUUGGAAGACUGGUAACUGCCGACAACAGCGAAGGCAGAGAGCCUGAGCUGCCUCUGUGGGAAAUGCUGGCAAGAAGCUGAGAGGUCUCUCAAGGGUGUUUGGGAUAGACUUUUUGGACCUGUGGAUCUUUCUAACACUUGGUCAGGAGACACAAGAACACCAUGUCUGCGGCGAGACCUCCCUGUAUUUCAUUUCUGUGGGACUGACAAGUUUCUCAUGCUCCCUGGUGUUCCUGUGUAUCUGAACUGAUUUCUUGCUUGCAACCUGUUCCUUUGAUCUUUCCUGAUUUCUGUGCUGGGGGAGGGACUCACAAUUUAGGAUAUAUAUUCUUUUUUUAGCCAGUUUGUUGGUUUAAAACAUGCCUUUGAGCUCCCAGCGGCCUUUGAGCACGUGGCACCAAGGAAGAGAGGUGCUUAUGGUGAGACCCGGAGCAGUGUCCUGGUGAGCAGCGCUGGUGCUGACUGAGCCUCUUUCCUCUGUCUCCUGCCUUCCUGUCGCUGGGCCACACGCUCGGAACCCCGACAAGCUUUGCCCACGGCUGGAGCCCUCCGCAGGGUGAGGACGCGUUCCCGAGCGGUAUGUGUGGCCGGAGCCCGCUGCUGCAGCUGGUAGCAUGAGUGCUGGCCCCCCGCUGCAGCUGGCUGUCCUCUGGCCGUGGCUGCUCAUGGCUACCCUGCACGCAGGGCUCGGCCAUACAGGGCUGGCACUAGCGGGGGCCGUCGAGUCGGAGAGGUCGGCAGCGCAGAAAGCCAUCAUUAGAGUGAUCCCCCUGAAGGUGGAGCCCAUUGUGCUGGAAGGGGAGUUCGCAAACGUUGCUGAGGUGACUCCAGCCGAAGGAAAACUGCUGCAGGCAAAGCUGGCGGGGGAGCGUGGAGCUCGUGCGAUCCUUUUUGACAUUACCGAUGAUGAAAGUGCCGCUGAUCAGCUGAGAAAGCCCAGAGGUCUGAGUCAGCCUGUGGUUCUGAUCAGAGGUCAUGAUGCUGAGCUUCUCAUGGGUGUCGUCAACAAGAACAGAGAGGCCCAUGUGAAGAUAGAGGUCAAGGAGCCACCAUCUUGGCCAGACUACGACGUGUGGAUCCUCCUCACCGUGGUCAGCACCGUGGUCGUUAUCAUCGUAAUAUUUGUGUUGCGCACAAAGUGCCAACUGAACAGGAGCCAGGACUCCCUGCAGCAGCAGACCAUGCAGGCCAUCGGGCAGCUGGCCACACGCACGUUCCAGGCGAGGUGCCGGCCAGCGGCGCGGUGGGACUCGGCCAGCACCUGCAGCUCAGCCCCGGUCUGUGCCAUCUGCCUGGAGGAGUUCAGCGAGGGCCAGGAGCUGCGGAUCAUCUCGUGCUCCCAUGAGUUUCAUCGGGAGUGCGUUGACCCCUGGCUGCAGCAGCAUCACACGUGUCCACUCUGCAUGUUCAAUAUCCUUGCCAGAGACUCGGUGGACCAGGCCACAGCUGCUGGCUCCAGGAUGGCCCCACGGGACAUGGAACCCGGACGGCGACUCCACCUCUUCCGCCAGCACCCAGGACAUGCCCUUUACCACCUCCCACAUGCCUAUCCUCAGAGGAACCUCAGGAACCUUCCCCCGGAGCAAGCCCAUGGCAACCCCUUCCUUCACUCUCUGGAGCUCUCCCAGUUGGAUUUUGGCACCAUCCACUACAUGCCCUACAGGCCAACCACCUCCCUGCUUGCCUGUGGCCACCCGUCUCCCCUGGCCCCGGGCUUGCUGGGCCAGCAGCAUCCCAACCCCUCGGCAUGUGGGCAGACGUUGCCACCCCACAGGACUUGUUCUCUCCAGCCCCAGCCCCCCUGCCUGGGGCUCAACGCAGCCGCAGUGCAGAGGCAGCACCGGGCACCUGCCCUUCGCCGGGGGCUCAGCCACGGGCACCAGCACAACAGCAGCGGCUCUGGAGAGAGCUAUCUCACGGAGCACAGCGGGUACCUGGCAGACGGGCCGGGCAGUGACUCCAGCUCAGGGCCUUGCCACGGCUCCUCCAGUGACUCCAUGUUGAACUGCACGGAUGUCAGCCUGCAGGGCAUCCACGGCAGCUGCUCCACUUUCCGCAGCUCCCUCAGCAGCGAUUACGACCCCUUCGUGUACUGCAGCUCAGAGGGACCUGCCACGGACAAUGGCCAGGAGCAGGCACUGCCACCAAGGGACACACGGCCCAAGUCCUUGGACUUGAUGGUGUCUGGGGGUCCUGGUCCGGCCAAGCCCCAGCUGCUCAGCCACGUCCACUACCACCACCACCAGCACCACCACUACAGAAGAGAUGCGGAGUGUCCACCGGGGUGGGGAGGGCAAGGGGGUGGGCAGCGCAAAUCCCGGUACUCAGAGGCCAAGAUAAUAACUUCCUCCCCAUGCUCGUCUAUCCAGCCCUCCACCACACCCAGGCUCCUGGUGCUGGAGCGCCUGUGA